AUGUAUUGCAUUAAAAAAUGUUUGAUAAAUAAGCAAAUAAUAAAACCUAUAAUAAGAAAUAACAUAAUUGUUGGAAAGUUAUGUCAAACAAUUGCAAAUAUGCCUCGACCAAGAUCACUGCCUCUUGUUGGUACAAAAUUAGAUUUAUUGGCUGCUGGAAGCGGAAAAAACUUACAUGAAUACAUCGAUUCACGGCAUAAACAAUUAGGACCGAUAUUCUGUGAAAAAUUGGGUGGAAAUGUACCUCUAGUUUUUAUAAGUCAUCCAACGAUGAUUAGAACUCUCUUUUUAAAUCUAGAAGGAAAAUAUCCUGCCCACAUUUUGCCAGAUCCGUGGAUUUUAUAUGAAAAAAUUAAUGGAUCCAAGCGAGGCUUAUUCUUUAUGAGUGGCGAGGAAUGGGCAAAGAAUCGCAGUAUAAUGAAUAAACUUGUACUAAAAGAUGAUUCAGAAAAAUGGCUUGAAAAUCCUAUUAAAAGCACUAUAGAUAAUUUUUUACAGAAAUGGAAAUCUAAAGCUAUAACUGGUUGUUUUACUCCUGCCUUGGAAUCGGAUUUAUAUAGGUUAUCCACAGAAGUAAUUAUCAAUGUAUUACUUGGCUCAAAUAGUAGUAUUAAAACUAGUAAACACUUUGAAGAGCUGUUAGGUUUUUUUUCUGAAAAUGUAAAAAAAGUUUUUCAAACUACAACUAAGCUAUAUGGAUUACCAGUUUCAUUAUGCCGAUAUUUAAAUUUAAAAAUAUGGAGAGACUUCGAAGAAAGUGUGGAUUUAUCAAUUGGAAUAGCUCGAAAAAUAGUCCAAGAAAUACUGAAUAAUCAUCAUGACAGUAAUGGAUUAGUUAAAAGAUUGUGUAAUGAAAACGUCUCUGAAGAAGACAUUAAAAGAAUUGCUGCUGACUUCGUCAUGGCAGCUGGAGAUACUACGGCGUAUACCUCUUUGUGGAUUCUAUUCCUGCUGGCUAAAAACGAAGAUGUAAGAAAUGAUAUUCGAGGUAAACAUAAAAAUUACGUAAAGAAUGUAAUUAAAGAAACAAUGAGGUUAUUUCCAGUAGCACCUUUCUUGACAAGAAUCUUACCCAAACAAAGUGUAUUGGGAUCGUAUGUAAUAAACCAAGAUACUCCAAUUAUAGCAUCUAUUUAUACAUCUGGACGGGAUGAACAAAAUUUCAGCAAGGCUAACAUGUUUCUGCCAUACCGUUGGGAUAGAAAUGACCCACGAAAAAAAGAACUACUAAAUCACGUCCAAUCGGCUUCGGUGCCUUUUGCUUUGGGCACAAGAUCCUGUGUAGGGAAAAAAAUUGCCAUGUUACAGAUGACUGAAUUCAUAUAUCAGAUUGUGAACAACUUCGAUUUCACAUGUAGCAACAGUGCAGAUGUGAAAGCAAUCACUUCGCUAGUGUUAGUACCGGAUAGGGACGUUAAAUUAACGGUAUCAUUACUAAAGAAAGUGUGAAAUGAAAUUUAUAUAAAAUUUUUAAUUACUGUUAUAUUUACAUAAUAUUUUCUAUAACAGUUUACAUUAUCAAUAUACAAUACAUUUUUAGAAUA